CUGUAGGGGGUUCUGUGGCGCCCCGAACUGGAUUCGCUGGGCUUUGACUGGCGCUCCUGGCUGUUCGGGCUCGCGCAGGCGGCCGGUCGCGCUCUGAGCCUGGGAAUGUUACAUAGCAGCCGGAGGCGCAAGUUGCGCUUUUCUGCACCUACCGGGGUAUUUUUCUUCUUGGCAGCAAACCUGAGGAGAGCCACUAUGCCUUAAAAAAGAGAGAGAGAGGGCCAGCAGGAAGAAAAGGCGCAUGGGAGGGAGGCAGGCACCAUGAAUUCAGCCGAAAUUAAGAAGCCACCUGUGGCCCCGAAACCAAAAUUUGUGGUAGGACACAAGCUAGUGCCACCUCCUGUUGCACCUAAGCCAGAUGUUGUUCUUGGAGAUAUAUUACAACCCACAAAGAAAACAAAACCAGCAAUAGCACCAAAGCCAAAGGUUCCCAAGUGCUCAUCUUUUCCUGAUGUUAAAACAGCACAACCAUCUUUACCAAAAAACUCUAAGAGUUUAGAAACAGACCAAGAUAACUCUUCUGAAUACUUAGUUAAUUUGAAUUACAAAAAUGGAGCACCGAGUGGCAAUACUGCUUAUAUUAUAUCAGUGUGUUCAUGUAAUUUUGAGUGCAUUCAUAAAUAUGGAAAUAAUACAUAUAACAACUCUACCAUUUUUGAACAAUUGGAAAACCUACAGAAUAUUGAUUUAGGUGAAAAACCAGCAUCAUCUUUGAAUCCUAAAACAAUACUUGAUAGUCAUAAUGAAAAAUUUAUACAUAAAAACCGGGUAGUCUUAAAGACUAAUUUUACAGAAGAAAAACUCAAAGGUGUUCUAACGAGUAGUGUUCCCCCCAAUAAUGGCCAUGUGAGGCAGAAACCCGUGAAUAAACUUGAAAAUAAUGGCAUUAAAAUAGAAUUGACAGAUUUUGUUCAGUCUUCAUCUAGUUUGGAAGCAAUUACAGUCAGUUCCAAUACUCAUACAAAUAUAAAUGAGGUUAUACCUGAAAUAUCAGAAACUCCUUUGGAAAAGGUGGAUACUGAUGAUUUGUGUCCAGAUAUUGGCUCAAAAGAAGGUGAUGGAUCUCCUGCUUCCUUUGGGACAGAGGGAGUUCCAUCAACUAAAGCUCUCCCAGUUCCAAAACCAAGAAAGCUACGUGUUCCUUGUCUUGUUCGACAAGCUGGUAUAGAUCUUCCAGUUGAGGGAAUAAAAGGACUAGAGACAUCCAAGUGUGAUUCUGCUGGGCUUUCUGAGUGUGGAUUCAGAAAAACAGCCAAAAUUAAUGUCCUUGUUCAAAGUGUUUCUUACAACAACCAGGAAAUGCCUGUGGUUCAUAAAUCUGAUAUUACUACUUCUGUUGCUGAGAAAAUUUAUCUAGCUAAUGAAUCUUCUGAUUCUAAAGAACUGAUUCCACAAAACAUCUUGUCUCAGGUUCCAAAUGAAAUCUCUCAGCCGGAAGAAAAUGUCAGACAUUCUUUAGACUGUAGCACUGUGUGUUCUGUCCAAACUGUAGUGGAUGAUACUGGUAUAUUGACUGCUAGUGAUAACAAGACUUGCUUUAUAAGGUGUAACAAUUUUUCUAUGAGCUUGCCUAAGCAAUUAAAACUGUCAUGCAAUCAGCAUUUGCCUGCCUUUAAUAGCCUUGAUUCUUCACAAAGGAAAGAAGAUAAAGAUGCACAUUUUAAAAAUGAGAGUUCGCUAAAAAUUAUUCCUAAAAAGCCUCAAAGGCAUAGCCUUCCUGCAGCUGGCCUGUUGAAAAAGGCUGCCUCCGAUGAAUGUGUAGAGAAAAGGACUUGCUUUCUUAAUGAAGAAACUUUGUCAGAGACAGUUUUGGAGGGACAACGAGUAAGACAUUUAUCUGCCAAAGUACAAAGUACAUUGCUAUCUUGUGGUGUUCCAAAAUCAUCUCUGGAAAAGCCUAUCUGGAAAUUACCUCAUCCUAUCCUUCCAUUUUCAGGCAGUCCAGAAGCCUUAAAAAACACCAAGAGCUCAAAAAGCAAUGAUCUUCCAUGUGUUGUGACAAAACCUCGAGCCAAAUCUUUGUCCUCUGUAGAUAUGGACAGAAUAAACAAGCCCCAAAGAGAGACUCAGAAGAAAAGUUCAUUAAAGAAAUUCCUAAACAUGAAAUUAUCUGUUUGUAUAAUAAAAAGUGACUUUCAGAGGUUUUUGGCCAAAGGCAGCCAAUCUGCAGAUAAUACUGCUGUUACUUUUUCUAGCAGGGAAGGAUGUGGCAAAAACUGGAAUGUAACUUGUGCAACCAGUGGAAAAAAAACUAAACCCUCAAAGGCACAUUCUAUAGAAAAAUGCAGCCCACCCUCACAAAAGGGUAAGCAAAUAUCAAGGAGUCGAAACGAAAUGCCAGCUGAUCAGACACCACUAUCUGUAGAUGAACAACCUUCCACAUUGCAUGGGCACUUGAAUUCUUUUUCACAUGACCUCACACCAGAAUACGAAAAUGUGAGCCAUUAUGAGGCAAUCACAGACUAUGAAAACUUGUCUUUUGCAUUAACUGAGAAAAAUGCAUGUUUUGAGUGGCAGAAUUCUAGUAAUAUUGAAGACCACGACACCAGCAUAUAUGAGGUGGAAGAAGUAUAUGAAGCCACAAGGAGCUACUCCAAGUUUAGCAGGUAA